AUGACACUUCCGGUCUCGCUGGUGGCGCAGGAGCACCAUGUGCAGCAGCAGCGGGAGGAGGCUGCGGAGGCCGGGGGGUCCGGGCCGGCAGGGUGGCUGCUGGUGUGUGAGCCGCCAGGCCUGGUGUUCACAGUGGGUGUGCAGGGCGGCUGGGUGGUGGAGGAGCGUCGGCUGCGGGCCCUGGGGGCGGCCUUUGCGUGGGUGUCCCGCGGCAGGCUGCUGACCUUCCACGGGCCGGGGCAGCUGGUGGCCUACCCGGUGCUGGACCUGCAGUGCCUCGGCCUGCCGCUGCACGCCUAUGUGGCCGCCCUCAAGCGCCUGGCCCAGGCUGCUGCCUCCUCCCUCAGCCUCCCGCAUCCCCAGCCCUGGCCCCUGCCCACUACCAGCCUCUGGAUCAGGGACAACAAGCUCUGUGCCAUCGGUGUGCACUGUGGGAGGCAUAUAAUGUCGCACGGCCUGGCUCUGAACUGCUGCACCGAUUUGAUACGGUUUGACCACAUCGUUCCUUGCGGGCUGGAAGGCAAAGGGGUGACCUCGCUAAGCCAAGAACUUGGGAGGCACGUCUCCGUUGAAGAAGCCACCAAACCUUUCUUGGACGCUUUUCAAGAGGUGUUUAAGUGCACUUUGACUGUCUCCGAAGAGCCUUGGAGCUAGGAAGACUUCA